AUGUUGAAUCCGGCUGACAAUCAAAGCGCACUGAACACCGAAUUCUUGGCUCAACUUUUUGCACAGAACGGCGACAUGAAUCAGUUGUUGAUGCAGUUGAAGAACAUUAAUCAAAGUAGGUUUGUUUUUUAUGGUUUAUGGGAUUACAUUCUUUGCAGACCCUAUCCGAAAAAUGGGUUACCUUUUGGUCAAUAUACUUUUAUUUAAUAUUAAUCAUUUCUAGAUCAACAAUAAUGCAAUUGACGACUAUAUUUUGUCAUACAUGACUUUACAUCUACUACAAGAUAACUUGUGUUUGAUUCUCAUCAAUUUCAUACGGGACAUUGUUUAUGGAACUGUUUUUUCAUAAAUUAGAUUGGUUUUUUAGCUAUUGUUGAAUAAAUAAUUGUUAAUAACGGUAAUUACUGUAUUUAUGAUGGUUUUUGUUAAUAUACUAUGGUUAACUACCAUUUAUAUAUACUUAACUUUUAUUUUUUUGAAUCUUUUUUAUAUGUAGUAAGAUUUUUUACGUUGUUAUAUGAAAAUGACAUUUUUAUUGAUAGAUAACACUUUUUUAAUAUAUUUUUUAAAUAAUUUGUACUAAACUUUGUAUUUUACCUUUACUUUCAGAUAUUUUUCGCACAAAAUGGAGUGAAAUUCAACGCCAACGUUUCAAUCACACAGUAAAUUUUUGUCCUCCAACUGACAAAAAUUGUUAUUUGUUAGAAUAAUAGUGACAUUUCUACAGAGUAUUUUCGAAUCAUGCUCAAUUAUUUGUUAUGUACAUACACAGUGAUACUGGUGGUUCUACUAAAUGGAGUCUUCGUGAGGUCAGAUGGAGAAGAUGCUGAGAUUUUGAAUCACAAAGAGGACUUGAAGUGAGUUUAUUGUUAUAUUAGUGAGUUUAGUGCUCCCUUUCUGUCCAGGGCUGUAAAUUUAGAAUUUUUGGAAAUUAGGCUAGGGGAGGUUCCUUUGCAGAACUAGUUGGUAUGGUAACAAAAGGGGUAUCUUAACCUAGUAGAAUUACUGCUGAAUCGUAAGAUAACAACGAAUAUAGGAUCCGCGAGAACGUACUCUAUAAACGUUAUAGCCAGAACAGUUACGGCCUAAGUUUUAGGUUAAUGCCAGGAAAAAGUUUAAAACACUUUAGUUCUAGGUUACUUUAACUUGUCAAACAUAAUAUUUUCAAUUCCAGCUAGUUGUGUAUUAUCAUAUAUUUUACUUCUAUUCUUAAAAAUUGUCCAAUGUGAUUUCUAUUUUUUACAUUUAUUGCUAAUUUACAUUUUUACAAUAUUAAUAUAUAUUACAAGUAAAAGUAAUGUAUGCAGCCGUUAAUAUAGGCUCUCAUUAUUGGCUUGGACGGCUCUGGCUCUACACGGCAUUGAGAUGCUUGGGCCUCGGGCAUGUACUGGUACUGGGUAUCUUGAGGGUAUCGCUGGGCAAGCUGGUAGUAGGCUUUCUGAGAGUAUUGCUGGGCUGGCUGAUAGUAGACGGGUGGCGGGCUGUAGCUAGCCAUUUGGUUUUGUUGAGCUGGCUCGUACUGGGGCUCUAGUGGCUCCUCAAAUCGCUCGGCUACUUUUCUGCGCACUUCUUUUUCUAGGAAUGGGUCAGCCCAAACUCCAUCGGGCAAGAUGCUCAUGGACGGUGGGGUAUUGAUCUUGGCCUCGGUCUCGAUCAUGACCUUAUCGAAUGGGUUGCAGAAGAUCAUUUUGAUUGUUAGAUUGAUUGCUGAAAUUUAAGAUAUUAAGUUAAGGUUAAUGUGAAGUUUUAUAAGGUAGUACUGAUAAAGUGUAUGUUCCUCGCCUCUUUUUAUAGUGUCAAGUUUAUGUGCCAUAUACGAUAAAAAAGAUAUCUUACGUUCUCUUAAAUCUUUACGAUAUGUAAAUUUAUUGCCAAUUCGGCGAUAAUACGUUCAAGUUUAAACGUAUUUUUCCUCGGGGUGUUGAUUAAACUACGGUUUUUGGCUUUUGCCGCCGCUGGCAGGUGAUGCAAUUCAUCUUUUUUUCUUGUUAAUGUUUGAUCUUUUUGAUAAGAGUACUGUAGUUUUUAUAUUGAACAUGAUUUUUGGAAUUUUGCGUUAGAAAUGAGGACUUGAUGACAUUUUUUAUUAGAAAUUAGGAUUUUAUGACAUUUUUCAUUAAAAAUGAGGAUUUUGUGACAUUUUUCAUCAGAAAUGAUUGUUUUGUGACAUUUUUCACUAGAAAUUAGGAUUUUAUGACAUUUUUCAUUAGAAACGAGGAUUAUACUGUACUCAUCUUUAACAUUUUCAGAAAUCAAGCCAAAGAGAUGUUCAUGCAUGCCUACACCGCAUACAAAACCCACGCCUUCAUGGCCGAUGAAAUUAUGCCAAUCUCGUGUAAACCUAGAAUCAGAGGUAAAACAAGGUCGAGAGGAGAUGUGGACGACUCUUUGGGCAAUUUUUCAUUAACUCUGGUUGAUUCCUUGGACACAUUGGCCGUUUUGAAUGAGCUGGACGAGUUUGAAGAGGCAGCGGCAGCUAUAAUCAGAGAUGUCAGGUUUGACAGUGAUUGGACGAUUUCGGUGUUUGAAACUAAUAUCAGAAUGGUCGGAGGAUUGAUUUCUGGUAGGUUGUUUGUAUGGUUUCUUCGAUUUUAGGUUUGUUGAUGUUGUAGUAGGCACUUUGUAUCAAAAAAUAUGAAAAUAUGGGGGUUUCUUGCUUAAUAUAGCAAGUAAUGCCUAUUUUUCCGUUUUUAUGUUAUUUUCGUUGACUUUAAUGCCAUUUCCUUUGAUAACUAUAGUUUUUCUGUCGCUUAUAACAUAAAUAUUUUAAUUUUCAUCAAUAAUCUCAACUUUCAGGCCAUUUAAUGUCAAAAAUCAUCCAAGACAAAGACCCAAAAAGGAUGUUGUGGUACUCAGACCAGCUUCUAAAAAUGGCAGCAGACCUUGCCGACCGCCUCUUGCCAGCUUUCAACUCGACCAGUGGAGUGCCAUACUCAAAAAUCAACCUAAAACGAGGCUUAAGUCCAGAACUGAAGCACCAAAGUGACACGUGCACGGCUUGUGCUGGUACUAUAAUAUUGGAAUGGGCUGCUUUGUCUAGACUGACUGGUAAUCCAAUUUACGAACAAAAAAGCCGAAAAGCUAUGGAUUUCCUUUGGAAUCAACGAAAUCACGGCUCAAACCUUAUGGGCACGGUGCUGAACGUGCACUCUGGAGACUGGAUUCGAAGAGAUGCUGGCAUUGGUGCAGGCAUCGACUCGUACUACGAAUAUACGUUGAAGGCCUAUAUCUUAUUGGGAGAAGAGGACUACCUUCAUAGGUUCAAUACUCAUUAUGAAAGUGUGAUGAAGUACCUGAACAGAGGUCCAUUGUUUGUCGAUGUUCAUAUGCACAGACCGACAAUAGCGGCAAGAUCGUAUAUGGAUGCAUUGCUGGCGUUCUGGCCCGGAGUUCAGGUCUUGAAAGGCGAUUUGAAGGGAGCAAUUGAGAUGCAUGAGAUGUUGUACCAGGUUAUUCGGGUAAGGAGUUGGUUGUUUUGUUAAAAUGAGGGUUUUUAGUUGAAUUUUUUUUUAUUAAAGUGAAUGUUUUUAUAUGGUACACGAGUUUUUAUGUUAAGAUUUUAAGAAUAUAUGGACUUUAAAAGGCUUGAUUUUAAUUUACAAGUUUUUAAAAUGUCUUGAAAUACAGUUUUUUAAAAAUACCACUGAAAAGUUAAAGGAAUUAUAUUUUUUAUAGCUCUAAAAUAAAAAAAAUAUAAAAUCUGAACUAAAAACAUGUCAUUAAAAAAUUUUUUGAGUUUUAAAAUUUUAAAGUUUUUAAAUUUUAUAAUUUCACCGAUUUUUCAAUCGAAAAUCUUAUUUCGCACCCUUUUCGCACUGCAAAUCGCUCGAAAAAUAGCAAAACGAAGAAAUAAGGAGAGAAGACGAGCGUGCUUUUAUAGCUCAGUGGGUCGGCGACUCGCUUCGUCUUCAAAACGAAGCGGGUUCGACUCCCACUGCCGAUGAUGACAGUUAUUCCGCCCCAGGCAUAAAUGCAUUUGAUGAUUGGUCAAAUGCUGAGGCUUUUACUUUUGGUUUGAGCUAUAUUAAUGUUAAUUUUAGAUGGCAGUUGAUAAAUAAUGGGUUUUUUGUACAUUUUAGGGAGAAAAGUUGAAGGUUUUUGGAAAAAAUUAGGGGUUUUGUAAAGAAAAAUGACUGGAAAGCGGGGGUUGGCGUGGAUAAUAUUGCUGUUUAUUGCAUUAUUAGAGAAGGAAGAUAACAAAAUGGCAUUUUAUAUUUCAAAAUAUGAUUGUGUUUUUGUAAAACACGAAUUCUGCACGUCUUGUUACAUAUUGAUUGGUAUUUUUUAGAAACAUAAAUUCUUGCCAGAAGCCUUUACUCAUGACCUUCAAAUCUACUGGGCUCAACACCCCUUAAGGCCAGAGUUUCUGGAAUCUACAUACUUAUUGUACAGAGCAACAAAAGACCCUCACUACCUAGAAGUGGCGAAAAGUGUGAUGGACUCGAUGAACCAACAUGUCAGAGUAAAAUGCGGGUUUUCGGCGCUGAAAGAUGUCAGAUCGAUGGAGUUGUUGGACGAAAUGGAAAGUUUUGUUCUGGCAGAGACUUUUAAGUAUCUUUAUAUGAUCUUUGCCGAACCGGGUGAUCUACUUUUUGAUCCGGAUAACUAUGUUUUGACCACGGAAGCACACUUUUUACCUCUGGCUAUUGGGGAAACAAGGUAAGAAAUUUGGGUUAGAAAAGGUGGAUUUUUAUGAGUUUAUGAAAUGGGGAAGGUAAAAUUUGGAAUUUUAAUGAGAUUUUUUAUAUUUAAAAAUUUUUUUUUGACAUUUAAAAUUUUUUUGAAAUUUCGAAAUUUUAAAAAAUGUUUUGAUUUUUGAUGUUUCUUGAAAUGGCUUUUUUCUAAAUUUAUGACAUUUUUUAUUCUUUUUUGUUACUCUUACGUUUAGAACUAAUUUUUAAAACUAAAAACCCAAAAAUGUCAUUCCAGAUCCAUCGACUCACUGCCAAGAAGAAUGUUGAUCGAUCCAGACGAAGUGAUUGGAGAUGACACUUCUAAAAAGUAUCAAAGUGCAUGCCCCAACUUUGCCAGUGAAUUCAGGACGGCCGAUGAGCUCUCGCUUUAUGGAAAGACGCUAAGAACGAAUGUGAAGAAAUUGUUGAGCGAAGUGACAAAUCUAGGAUCACUGUCAUCAUUAAUGUCUGGCAAUAACCUGUACUCGUCUUUGAGUGAGGAGGAAAUUCAGAAGAAAGCGUGGGUUUUUUGAUUUCAAAGAAAAAAAUGAUUUUUUUUAGAUUUUUUUAAAUGAAAUUUUUAAUUUUUAAACAUUUGUUUUUUUAAAACUUGAAAUUUUAAAUUUUUAAAAUUUAAAACCAACAAUUUUAGUGGAGACCGCCUUCGAGCCUGGGCCUUCAGCACCACCAAUGCCGAUCACCUAGCUCAAUUGAAACGAAUGGGAAUUCAAAUUCAAGUCUUGCCGGACGGGAAGAUGCAGCUGAGUCAUACUGCUCAAGAUGUAAGUUCAAACUUUAUAUUUUGGAAAAAUUGUUUCAUAUUGAGCUUUCCAUGGGUUUGUUUAUGGUAAAAUACGGAUUUGGACAAUUGAUAGUCUUUGAUAGUAAUUUAUUAGUCAUCGGGUUUGGAUUUGAAAAAAUGACAAAAUGGACAAUUUAAAAUUAAGAUUAGACUGGGACUACGGUAGGAUAAGAUAUGGCAGAGUAAAGAAGGUUAAGGCAUUUUAGGGUAGAGUAAAAUAAGGUAGUGCAAUUUGAGUUAGUUCAGUGUUUGGAAGGGUAUGAUAAAACACGUCAGGAUAAGGUAGGAUAAAAGUGAAUUUUAAAAAAAUAUUUUGAGCUAUUUUACACUGAUAAAUAAGGCACAUUUGGCAAAAAAUAUUUUUUUAUUUGAGAGGUGGGGUGGUAAAUCGUAUCGAUAUUACUUUGUGUUGCCCUUGCUUCUUAAGUGAGUUAAACGAUUUUUUGACGAAUAUAACUUUUACUGUGUACUUUUUCUUUUUAUAUUGAUUAUUUGUAACUACAUUUUGUCAGCGGUGGACUUUAAAUUUUAUUUUUUAAAUUUAAAAAAAUAAAAUUAUUUUCAAAAAUAGUAAAUUUCAAAGCCGAUUUUAAUGAUAAGCACGCUUUUUUGUUCCGCACCAAACUAAAAUGGGUUCUAAUUUCAGAAGAAGUCCGCCGCUGACAUUGUUUCGUGGCAGUCGAUUAUGGAUUACCGCGCGGUUUUCGGCGUCGCCACCUUUUGGGACCUCCAAAACGACCCCAUCUUUGUUCAAUCCAAACAAGCAUUGGCCUCAAUGUCUGUGGUCUUGCUGCUAAUAUUGAUCACUUGGGUCUCACUAGUCUUGGGAGGGUGUUGUAUUAUGAUUGUCACCAUGAUUCUAACUAAACUGAGGCAUAUUGGAGGGAAAAGCGGAGCUAAAGAGGUAGAUGAUGAAGAGAACGAGGAGUUUGAGGGAGAGAAUGUUGAGAUUGAUUGGAGAGACAGAGAGAAAUUGAGAGAGAACAGAGAAAACGAUGGUUUUGGAGGCAAAAACAGCGAUUUUGGAGCGAAAAAUAAAGGAAAAGCAAGGGAAACAAGAGAAAAAGAGAGAAAUAGUAAAAGAAAAGGAGAUAGGAUAGAGGGUAGGACCAUCAGUGAGAGUACCAAUAGCACUAUUUUAUCAGAAGAUGGUGUUACUACGAGUUAUUUUAAAGACAGUACUACAAAAGCCAAUGAUAACAUAAGUAAGGGCGGUAAUAAAUGGAAAAUUGAUAGUUUAGGUAACAACACAAGCAAAAAUGACAAAAGUAAAGCCUGGGGAAGUGAAAAAGGUAAUAUAAAAGGUGGAGAAGACAGAGAUAGAGAUGAAUAUAAAGGAGAAUGGCUACUAAACAGGCCUAGAAGAGUAAGAAAAAGACAAAUUUUAGGCCACAGGGACUAAAGUUAACCAAAUUUUUUAAAGAAAAAUUUUUUAAAAAAUGCCAUUUUAAUGUAUGGUAAAGAAUACGAGGUUAUUCUUCAUGAUAUAGACACAAAAGAAGAUAUAUAAAUUGGUUUUUGAUUAGAUAUACGAAUGAUAUGGCUUUGUACAUAAAGUAAACGGGUAGUUUUGACAGUUCAAAACAAGUUGACGGGCUUAAUUUAAAGUAAAAUACGAAGUUAAUUAAAGUGAUUCGACAAUGAAUAUUAUACAAAGUCUUUAAAUCUUACUAUAGUAUAGUCUUCCUGUACCUUUAGAUCAUUUUUUUUAUUUUAAGGGUAUUUUUAGAUCUUAUUUUUCUAUUUUAAGGUGCAUUUAGGUCACCUUUUUCCAUUUUUGGGGUACUUUUGCACUUUUUUUCUAUUUUCAAGAUAUUUAUAGAUCAUCUUUUUCUAUGUCUUCUAUUUUCAAGGUACUUUUAUAUCAUCUUAUUCUAUUUUUGAUGAUUCUAUUAUAUUUUUUUUGUCUAACCUUGUUUUUUUAACGUUUUGGGUCUUUUAUGAUAAGUAUAGGGUUAUUUACUAUAGGUAAAAAAACAGUUCACUUGAUGUUCUAUACUUUUUUUCUACUAAAUAUUGUUAUAUAGGUUAUAAAAUACAACGAGAAAAAGUUUAUUUCUUGUACAUAUCAUCUACAAAUAUGUGGUUGUAUUCAGUUUUUACAACGUUUUUUAGUAUUAUUUCGUUAUAAAACAUGUUUUUGUUUUCUUUUUAAAAAAUAUGGAUUUAUACUUGUUAAAGGUCUAUUUCACUUUACUUCGAUUUAAACACUUGAUUUUUGAAAAUAAAUUUAUUUUAAAAUCUUUACAAGAGAAAUAUACAGUGGAACUCCUGUAUAACGAACUCCUCUAUAACAAACUCCCGUAUAACGAACAACUUUUGAAUCCCCGUCUAACACUACACAGUGCAUUUAAAACUUCUGUAUAACGAAACCUCUUACUAAGGAACAAAUUUCAUGUUCCCGAGCGAUUCGUUAUACAGGAGUUUCACUGUAAAUGCGUUGUGGGAGCUGAACACAAAAAAGUUUAAUCUUAAGAUAUAAAAAUGGGUUCAAGCUUGGCAAUUUUUUGACAUUUUAAAAUUUUUUAACUGAAAAUUAGAAGAAUGAUAACAAUAUGUUUCAAAAAAAUUGUUUUUAGGCGGAUGAUGCAGCUUCAGCUGUUGAAGGCGUGGAAUUCAUUCAAGAAAUGAUUGAAUUCUCGAAACAAAUGGAAAAACAUGGUGAGUUAAAGUCCAUUUUGAUCGUUUUCCAAAGGUUAUAGUUGGUGUGAUGGACUCAACGUGUAUGUCUCAUAUGUAAAACUUGUUUAUCUUUUAGUGUUUUGUUGUAAAAUACGCUUUGUAGAUCGCCCACUUUGUAAAAUGGCAUUUUUUAGUCAAAAAGGGGCGUUUUGUAAUGUAAAUUUUAAGAAAAACUUGAAAAAAGUGCAGUUUUGUUACCUAAAGAGCUGCCUAUAUACUUAUUUUUUUUAUUUUUUGUAAAGGUGGAUCUACCUUUAUUUACUAUCUUUCCUCCCCCCCCUUUUCUUUCUCUCUAGCAACGUUUUUGUUCUAAUAUACCUUUAGAUAGGUAUAAACAUUAUUUUUUAGUUCCUAUAAGGAUAGAACCUCUAGUUCAACUGAUUUCCGACCCAAUAUUCGGUCGAGAAGCGUUCAAAGCAUCGUCAGCUCAAUUUGGCACUAAUUUGGAAGAGGAAGAUGUAAUUUGCUUUUAAUUGUAUUUACAGUAGACGGUAAUGUUAAAGGGUAAAAUACGACUUGAGCCGGAUCGUGCAGGUUUGAUGGCUAAGUUUAAGUCACGGCCUCAUGGGCCGAGUUUAGGUCCCGCAACGAAACCUUUUAUUUGUUUUAAUUUGUUUAAAACUAAAUUUAAAAUGACAUUUUUAGGAACAAAAUGAAUUUUUUAGAUAUAAAAUGACAUUUUUAGGUAAUAGCAGAAGUGGUAUUCGCCGAGCCGAACCUAGCAUGCACUUCUUUAACUAAUAUUGAAGAAUUACAAGGUAAAAUAGCAGUGGUACGCAGAGGAGAAUGCAUGUUCCAAGAGAAAGCACGGCACGCUCAGGACGCUGGUGCUGUCGGCGUUAUUGUUAUUGGUAUGUUAAUCUUAAGUUAGUGUUAGUGUAGAAUGAAGAUCUAUUUUUAGAUGUUGGUUAAUAUUUUUUAAAUUUAAAUAUAUUAUUCUAGAUAAUCAGCGCGGAACAUCGGCGGACAAGUCACCUCAAUUCGCAAUGAGUGCUGAUGACAAACGAACAGAUGACAUUAAGAUCCCAUCCAUCUUCUUAUUUGACUACGAAUCCCAGAAACUAAUGAACAGAAUGAGAGCCGAGCCAAGACUUUUGGUUCGAAUGAGCACCGAACUUCUGAAUCCACGCUUCUUGUUCACAGAAUUUUUGAAAGGAAAUUGUUGUAAGAGGUCACCGUUGGUCGUACAGGUGGGUGGAUUAAUUUAUUAGGGAGCGUAGGUUAUAAAAAGUAGCAAAAGGGUUGGUUCUGAAGGGAGGAUUAGGUCGGGGAUGAUGGUAGGGUAGAUUAGGUGGGGGGGCUGAGGGUGGAAUAGGAGAAAAAAGGCAUUACUGUAGGUUUUGAAGGGAAGGCUGGGGUAUGGAAGGGAAUGAGGGUAAGUAGAGUAGAAACGGGGCUGAAGGCUGGGUAAAUUCUAUUUUAAAGAAUUGAAAAUCCAAAUUCUCUCGUUUAUAGAGUUUAAUUAAGUAAUAACCAUAUAAUAAACCCAAAUAAUAAAAAUAAAAGAACGGACCGUUGAAGUAUAAAUAUACACUUGGCGCUGCUUAGGCAGUGUUCACAAAAUCGGCAAAUGCAAAUUAGUUAUGAGUAACAGAAGACGGGUUUGUUCACAGGUAUCCGUGGCACUCCCCCCAAAAACAAUAUACACUGAGAAUUGGUGACACUGCCACCCAAAAGCCAACUUCGUCUCGACAAUGUCGAUAGCACUGCCGGCCAGACAACAAUAACUCAAUUUUUUGGCACAGACUAAACUUUAAUUAUUUUAUCACUCGAGUCUUGUAAAACAAUUUUUAUAUGGUAAAUUUCUGAUGCAAAGGUGCGAGCUACGCCUUGCAAAAAGCCAAUAUUCGAAAUUAUUUCUCGUUACCCGAUUGUAAUUGCAAUUUGUUAAUAAGGGCUUCUGUAAUAAAGCUCCGCAUGGACCCGCGGUCUAAUAUGGCGUGCGUUUGUACUACAAUAUCUAAACCAUCUGGGACAACCGGAGCUGUAAAUGGGACGUGUUUGCAAUAUUCAUAAAAGUUGUAAACGGCUUAGGCUUCCCUACUGUUGUAUAUGUUUUCUCAAUGCCUUCGGAAUUUGCUUGCAUAUGUUUUUGAAAGGAAAAAGGUGUUUUUUUGAUUACUCAACGGAAUAGCAUUUGAGUUAGACAAUGGUACGUUUUUCGGAGGGGGCUUCUCCGCAGAUCUUAAAGGGCACAACGCGAGGUGGUGGCUUGCGAAACAGUCACGGCACUUUAUGUCUACCGUACAUUCGUUAUUCAAAUGCUCGUAUCGGCAACAUUUCGAAAAUGCAUUCAUUUGACUCAACCUCCUUUUUCUGUCUUCAACAGGGAAAGGUAUGACGAUGAAUAAUGCGAUUGCUUACAAAAUAAACAAAGGUACCCCGAUUUAUGUAAAUUAGCUGUAUUGUCUAAGCGCUUGUGACUCAACGAUUAUGUUACUGCAAGAUUACUAAACGUUCCCAAUUUUGAAUAAAAGACCUAUAAUUGGUUCCGUUGAAAGUAGGGAGUGUGAUAUUGGGUAGGUAGCUAAGAAUGCUAGUGCGUGUUUGUUCAGAAGUUUUAGGCUGUGCAGUUAAUUCAUUUUUACUUAAAAAAACCGACCUCUUUUUGACCUUCCUUUGGUUCUUCCAACUUCUGUGCUUUUGAUCGAGGAGCCGGCGCUGGUCUAUCCCUCAAAGUUGGCGUUAACGGUCUUGGCAUUUCCAGUUGGUCUUCCAAAUUCUGUUCCGCUAGUUUUUCGUCCCGCAAAAGCAAAAUGUCGAGUUGCUUUACCAACGCUUUGGCUUGCUUAUAAGUAGCUUUGGCGUUGUUCAGUAAUUCUUCAUGUCUUCCGUACUUCUCGUAGUAUAUAUUAUAGGCAUACUUUUUUCUUAAACUUGUGAGCCCGUACAACCAAGCUCCAUUCAUGGUCGAGGUCUAUAAUCGAUUGGUACCUUUGUAGCAAUUUGUCAUCCAAGGUAGAUACGUCGUUUCCCAAUGACUAUAGUUCGUCGUAUUCAGCUGAAUUUAGCGGCGUUGGUUGAUCCCGAAGGCGGGUUCUCGCCUUAAUGGGAUCAAUUCUUCCAACGCUUUGCUCAAUCGACCUUUUUCUUCGCCGAGUUCUCGUCGAAGUUGACUAUUAUCAGCCGUAGCCGUGAUCGCCAUAUAAAGAAUUGAAAAACCAAAUUCUCUGGUUUAUAAAGUUUAUUUUUAAUCUUAAAAAACUUAAAAGUAGUAACCAUAUACUAAACCCAAAUAAUAAAAAUAAAAGCACGGACUAACCGUCCGUUCAGUUAUAAAGACACACUACUGGCGCUGCUAAGGCAGCGUUCCCAAAAUCGGCAAAUGCAAAUUAGUUAUGAGUAACAGAAUACGGAUUUGUUUACCGGUAUCGGUGACAGAGGGGUAGGGUAGAGUAAGGAAGGGGCUGAGAGUUGGGUAGGUUUUAGGGUGAUUUGUUUAUGAGUUCAGAGAUUUGGCAAAUUGAAAAAUGCAGUUUUGUUGAUUCCGAAGGGACGAUUAGGCUAGGGAAGGAGCUGAAGGAGGGGCUGGGGGUUUAUUAGGGCAGGGUCGCUACAGAUUUUCUCUGGGAGAGGAGGAGCGAUAUCGAAAAAAAUUUUUCUUUUGUGCUUGUGGAUUUUUUUUUGGGUCGGAUAAAUUUUUUACUGCGUUAGGCUCAAAUAUGUUUAAAAUAGCUAAAUGUUAUGCUAGGUGGAUAAUUAAAUUGAAAUUUUUUAAUUUUACAAAAUUUCAGAAUAAAAUCUUGACAGUCGACUACAAAGCUGGGCUUUUAAGGGUUGAUUAUUGGUUUAAACAAUUGGAAGAUGAUGUGGAAAUGAAGGAAACGGAUGAGGAAGAGGUAAGUUUUUUAAUUUUUUGAUCUUUUUUAUUUUUUAGUUGAAAAAAUUAAAAUAAAUAUAGUAAAAACGAAAAAUUAUUGCUUAUUGUAGUCGUUUUGAAAAACAAUUUAAAAUUGACUAUUGUCACUUCUAAAUCAAUAUAAACCCAAAUAAAAUUACCUUCCAGAUCCUAGACGAACAGACCGAACUCUUCAAGCUAGCCACCAAAUUCCAAGAUAAGCCAGAUUCAAUAAGAUUCAAUGCGUUGUUAAGAAACAUUGGUCAUCAGAUUCUACACAAAAACAAAGAAAUCACGUUGGGCCAAGCCGAUAUCAGAAGCCUUAAACGACUGAUUAAGAGUGUGAAGCUACAAAAGAUUUCAAACAACGUUCUGAGGCUAAAGAACAGAACGUUGAGGACUGUGAUAUGUAAAGCUGAGGUUAAGAAUGGGCCAAUUUGCGAGGAAAUUUUUAAAAAUUGA